CCGGUUCAAACGACAAACACGCCGAACCAUAUGAAUACAAGAAUGAACACAGGACACAUUAAAUGUGUCAAGACUUAUCAAUAUAACCUUAUGUUCUGUGAAGAUAACCACCGUCAUAGUUUGGGUACUCUUGACCGGCCCAUCAGCGCCUUAGUACUAGAAAACUCGUUACUCCAAAGGUUUGUGUCCACACAGAAAGACGAAGAUCGAAGGUCGUGCCAUGCAAUAAUUAAAACCAGCACAGAACUAGUAGUUUGUUUACAACGACCAGACAGUGUUUAUUAAAUUGCAACUGGUGCUAUAUUGCGGUACUGAAUACCAAAUAAUUUUUUAUAGUCCAGUUAUUCGAAGAUGUUGUCCAAAUACCGUAGUGUCUCAAGAUUUCUCGAAAAAUUAUCCGAAAAUGCUAAACCUCAAAAUAAUGUAUCAAAAAGGUUUAUCAGCACAAAAGAAGUGAUGGACAGGGAGGGCAAAUAUGCCGCGCACAAUUAUCAUCCUUUACCAGUAGCCCUCACCAAAGGAGAAGGUGUAUUUGUUUGGGACAUGGAAGGUAAACGAUACUUCGACUACCUUAGCGGUUACUCAGCAAACAACUUCGGCCAUUGCCACCCUAAAAUCGUACAGGCCCUGCAAAGUCAAAGUGGCAUCCUCCACCACACCUCGCGAGCCUUCUACUCGGACACCUUCGGUGAAUACGCCGAAAUGAUCACGAAACUGUUCGGCUACGAUAAACUAUUGCCGAUGAACACAGGCGUCGAAGCCGACGACACUGCCUGUAAGAUAUCCAGGAAGUGGGGAUAUUACAAGAAGAAUAUUCCCAAGAACGAGGCUAAAAUUAUUUUUGCUAGCGAGAAUUUCUGGGGCAGAUCUUUGGCUGCUAUUUCCGCCUCUACCGAUCCGACCAGUUUUGAGGGGUAUGGGCCUUUUAUGCCUGGGUUUAGCUGCGUUCCUUAUAAUGACUUAAAAGCUUUAGAGAAAGCUCUUUGCGAUCCUUUGGUAUGCGCCUUCAUGGUAGAACCUAUUCAGGGCGAGGCUGGUAUUGUAGUACCUCAUGAAGGGUAUCUUAAAGGCGUUAGAGAACUUUGUACGAAAUACAACGUACUUUUUAUUGCCGAUGAAAUUCAAACCGGUCUGGGCAGAACCGGUAAAAGGCUUGCAGUAGAUUACGAAAACGUCAAGCCCGAUAUUUUGGUGCUAGGAAAAUCCUUAGGAGGUGGUGUUUAUCCAGUUUCUGCUUGUCUGGCAGAUGAUGAAUUCAUGAUGGUAAUAGAACCCGGCACUCAUGGUUCAACUUUUGGCGGUAACCCACUGGGUGCUAAAGUUGCUAUAGCUGCUUUGGAAAUACUCGAAGGGGAUAAUGUAGCUGAAAACGCUUUCAGAAUGGGAGACAUUUUUAGAACCGAACUUAGAAAAAAAUUAGACAAGGAUAUUGUUAUUGAAAUUAGGGGAAAAGGAUUACUGAAUGCCAUAGUUAUUAAUAGAAAUUAUAUUGAUGCUUGGGAUAUUUGUUUGAAACUGAAAGAACAAGGUUUAAUUGCUAAACACACUCAUGAGAACAUUAUUCGUUUGGCCCCACCAUUAAUUAUAAAUAAGGAACAACUCAAAGAAUCCUUGGAUAUUAUUGUUAAGACUAUUAACAGUAUUGAGAAGAAAUAAUUGUUGAUAUCAUACAUUGUUAUUUUUAUGUAUUUCAUUAAGAUUUUUUAAUAAUUUUUUUUAUUUUUAAAUUGAUUUUUAUUUUUCCUCCAUUUAAUUAGAACAGGGAACACCCUG